CCAGCCGCUGACAUGUCUUCACCUCUGGGGGGCAGUAAUGAGCCCAGCGGCCGGCGUCUACAUGCUGCUAACUGCCACGAAGAGGAGGCGCGUUGGUUCCGCUAAAGAUGGCAGCCCCCGUUGAUCUGGAACUGAAGAAGGCCUUCUCUGAGCUGCAGGUCAAGAUGAUCGACACGCAGCAGAAGGUGAAGCUGGCCGACCUGCAGAUCGAUCAGCUCAGCCGGGUCCACAAACACACCAAGCUGACCCAGGCCGAGAUCUCCACCCUGCCCAGCAACACGCGCCUCUACGAGGGCGUCGGCCGCAUGUUCAUCCUGCAGUCCAAGGAGGAGAUCGACAGCCUGCUGACGGACAAACAGAAGACCGUCGAUGACAAGAUCAAAGAGCUGGAGCAGAAGAAGGUGUACCUGGAGCGCAGCGUCAAAGAAGCGGAGGACAACAUCAGAGAGAUGCUGCUGUCCAGGAGAGCUCACUGACCAAUCACCUUGACUUCCUGUUUCCGCCUCACCUGUUCAUAAUAAACCAAUUAAGCUCCGCCCUCACAGAAA